AUACGCGUUAGACGACACUGACGUCCACGCAGGGCGGUGGGCCGGGCAAAUCGCAGGAUGCCCGUCUCGCGAAGGGCGAGAAAAGACCUGACGAUUGAAGUGAAGUCGGAAGAUCCGCCGGCUCAGUUUCCUCCCUCGUUGCUGGAGUCCUUUCGAUUCCAGCCUCAAGGCAAGCCAAGAGCCCAAAGGGCGAACUAUUCUGGUGCAAAGCAGGCGACUCAGCGUAGAACGAAUCUCCAGUGCGACGUCAAGCCAUUCACUGCCGAAACAGCAAAAGCAGGUGGGAGGCUGAAAAGCUCCAAAGCCGUUGAAGCACUUAAGCGAGACGAGGCAGAAGGCGAAGAAGAGAUCUUGCCGCCAGUACCUGAUCUCGUCAGAGAAAGAUGUGACAUCUUGGUCAUCGGCAGCAAUCCUGGUCGCCAAUCUAGUCGCAGCGGCCACCAUUUUGCACAUCCCUCGAACCACUUUUAUAAGGCUCUUCACCUCUCUGGACUGACACCGGUCCGUGUUGCGCCUCAGGAUGACGCUGUGCUUCUCCAUCAGCCUCCGCCAUACUACUCGAUCGGUCUUACGAAUCUAGCCUCACGACCGUCAAGACUUGCCGAGGAGCUGAGCGCAUCUGAGAAUGCCAAUGGAGCAAAGGUGCUGAUCGAUCUUGUCCGGCAACAUAAGCCAAGGACAGGAAUUUUCAUUGGUCUGGGUGUUGGUCGAGCAUUCGUGACCGCGAUACGCAAUUCGGACAAGCUAGCAGAGAGACGCGAGGUAGCCGACGAGCGUCGCGUUGUGCUCAGCAUUCCGAAAGGGAUCCCGACGGUUACCGACUCCAUUUUGGGAAAAGGGGUUGGCUUGAUGGCAGUAGCAAUCGGUCAUGCAGACGACGCAGAAAUCGGCAAAUCCGCAGGAGGCCUUGCGACUGGGCUGACAAGCAUCGGGGCAACAUUGCUCUUUUCCAUACCCUCUACGAGUGGUCGCGUGACAACGCACCAGCUCAAGGACAAAGCUGAAUGCAUGGCCAGACUCAAAGCUCUCCUCGACCAAUCCUCUGAGAUCCAUUGGAGAAAUGCAGAAGCUUCUGUCGAGAACUCAGAGGGAAAGGAGCGGUCAGAUGACAGAGAUGACGACCACUUCAAGCUGUUCGAGGUACGGGUCAUACAGGCCUUAGAUAAGAAGCGAGAUCUCAAGUACGACGUUACUUCAUGAUAUGUAACUCAAUGACAAAUGCAUGAUCUGACUACGAUGUGGUUAUUUAGUGGCUUCUUCAGUCGUCAUCAGCUUGGGGUGGCGAUCUUUUCUAAUUGACCCUCGAUCCUCUCCUCCCUUUCGCCACUUUCAAAUGAUGAU